GUGCAUUUAUGAGACCAAGAUGAUGGCAUGGAGAUGGUUGUUUGUUUACAUGUUUCCAUGUGUGAAUGUUAAACAUGACUACAAACGUGAUUCAAUUCUGAUACAGUAAUUUUAAUUUCCAUGUUACUAUUUUUCAUUUAUAUUUUAAUUAAUGGCUAACCUUUUGCCUCAAAAGUUGCAAUUAACCCUGUGCCUAAUCAAACCAGAUAUAACUCCAAUAGCCUGUAAAACAAUAGCUUUAAGAAAGCUUAUCCUCAAGAAAGGUUUUUACUUCAUCAGAUCGAGAUGUAUCAAGUUAAGUCAGGAAGACGCAGAAAAAUUUUAUCACCAACAUAAAGAUAGAUUUUUUUUCUAUCGGUUGGUCACUUUCAUGUCUAGUGGACCUUUGUGGGCCCAUAUUUUAGCACAUCCUGACGCUGUUAAACAAUGGAGAGCAAUCAUGGGACCAACAAAAGUAUACAAAGCAGUCUUUGAAGCUCCUAGAACUAUUCGAGGCCUGUAUGGUUUGACGGAUACGAGAAAUGCUGUUCAUGGGUCAGAUUCUGAAAGCUCUGCAAGAGAAGAGAUUGGAUUCUAUUUCAAAGAUUUUUCAUUUGAAGAUUGGAAACUUCACGAGGAAAAUCAAUUCAAUCAUAGAGACAAAAUUAUUUUUGACGCGGAAAAUUGCAUUCAUAAAUUCAAACCAUGAAAGCAAAGCAAUUUUUCACAAAUGUUAAUUGUUGCCAAAAUCAUGGAUUUUAUUUCUGCCUAGUAUCACAAACUGCACCGCAGCCUGCAGGUCCUGUAUUACAGGAGACGGUUUGAUCGACCGUUUAAAAAUGGUCAAAGUUUGCAUUAGAAAUUGGAAAAAUAGCAAAGAACAGAAUAAAAUUUGAAUUAAAAAUAAUGCGCGGAAAAUUACAAGUCAAUAGAAUUUUCUGUUGUUCGGAUUUAAUUGAAAAAAUAAAAAUUCAUUUCAUUAAUUUGUAAAGAUAACCUCAAAAAUAACCGAAAAUCACUUAUCAAUCUCAAUAAAGCGCCACCUUAAUAUUGCCAUGUGAA